UUUUUUUUCUUUCUUUCUUAUUCUAGAAUACCAUGGUAGAUCAAAAAAAACGAAAACAAACAAAAUCCUUUGAUAACCAAUUCUUAUCUGGUCCUGAUUAUGAUCGACAACGUCCUGGAAAACAACAAAAAACAGUAAAACAAGAUCAACCAUUAUUACACAAACCCAUUAUUUCUGGUGUUCCUCGUUCAUAUACAGUCAGUGUUGCUAUUCCAAGUAGUAUUAUUGAUGCUUGCCCUACUCUUGAUUUGAAAACGAUCCUUGCUGGUCAGAUCGCACGUGCUUUGGCUAUUCACAAUGUGGAUGAGAUUGUGAUCUAUGAAGAUCGACCUUCCAAUAAAACCAAGCAACCUAUUAAUCCAAAUUUAUUCUUGGCUCGCAUUUUUCAACAUAUGGAAACUCCUCAAUAUAUGCGCAAGACAUUAGUCCCAUUUCAUGAAGAUUUGAAAGCAGCUGGUUUAUUGCCACGGUUGGAAGUCCCACAUCAUCCAAGUAUGGAAGAUAUGACGCUUUAUAGAGAAGGUGUGACUCUUGGACAAUACUUCAAAGAAGGUGGUACCUUGGUAGAUAUUGGAUGUCUUCGUCGUGCAAAAGUAAAUCAACAAUUACAACCAGGUGUUCGCGUAACGUUGGAAUUGGCCACUCCAGUAGCAGCAAAAGAUACAAAAAAAGGUCAGAUCCCAAUCUCUGCAACUAUCGUUAGUCCAAAGGUACCAAGAGAAAAGGCAGGUUUAUACUGGGGUUACAAUAUUCGUUUGUCAUCUUCCUUUUCAAGAGUGAUUACUGAAUCUCCCUAUAAGGAUGGUUAUGAUUAUACAAUUGGUGUUAGUGAUCAUUCUGGAAAAGAUAUAUACGAAAGUGCAUCUAAAUCAAAAUCAUUCAAACAUCUUUUGAUUGCAUUUGGUGCUCCUGGUCAUGGAUUAGAAGAAGCUAUAGAAGCGGAUGAAGAUCUCAAAGUGGGUUCUGAUGAUGCAUCCGAGAUAUUUGACGUAUUUGUCACUCCUGGUCAAAAUAUUGGAACUAGAAAUCUUCGAUUAGAGGAAUCAUUACCUAUGGUAUUGUCUGUUUUCAAACCAAUGAUAUUGAAGAAUGGAUCUUAGAUAUGUCUUAGUGUAGUAAUAGUUAGACAAAAGAGAGAGAGAAAAAAAUAACUGUAGAUUAACGAUAUUAUUGAAAUAAAUAAUAGAUUCCUAAAGAUGC